AUGAAAACUAUACAAUGCUUUGCGACGCCGCACGAGAUUGGACGGGCACAUGGAGUGGGAGCGAAAGAACUUAUUCGCGGCAGCAUUGUAUUUUAUCAAAAGAUGUUUGUCCACACUUGCAAAAUGGAGUGGCCCGCUGUGCGCAGAAUUGCCGAAGAUUGGCAGAAGGAAAUAGAACAGAAGUGGCCAAAAUACUACAGUGAAAUGCAGGGAAUUGCCGAUGGUGCACAGUUACCAUUUAUUGACAUUUUAAUUCUCAACAUUCGCACCGAAAUUGCGUUUGGGAUGUUCAAUGAUGGGUGUACAAGCUUGUAUUGCAAAACCGACAACCAUUCCUUUUUAGCUCAGAAUUGGGAUUGGAUGGAAGGGCAAAAGCAGAACCUUAUCAUCCUGGAUAUAAUCAGCGAUAAUGGACCUCGGAUCAAGAUGAUCACCGAAGCAGGUAUCAUCGGAAAGAUAGGAUUGAACGAAUUUGGUGUUGGUGUCUGUCUGAAUGCAAUCAAAGUGCCCGGAUGCGAUUCUUCCCGCCUUCCAGUUCAUAUGGCGCUUCGAUCGGUGUUGGAGUGCUCAUCGGCUGAUGCUGCUGUUCGACAGCUGAAAGAGGUUGGAAUAGCCGCAUCAGCACAUAUUCUCAUCGGUGACAAAGGAAAAGGCAUCGGACUGGAAUCAACUACCAAAACAAUCCAGUGCAUCGAUAUGGAUGAGCAGAAUUGGGUUUUCCACGCAAAUCACUUGCUUCUAUCUCAUGAUGAUGUUGUCGAUUCUGGAUGGCUGGCUGAUUCUCCUUCCCGACAACAGCGAAUCCAGAAAUUGGCGUUGGAAUAUGGUUUGUCUACAGGUCGUGUGCCAGAUGCGACGGAUAUUACACGCAUGUUGGAUGACCAUGACGGAUUUCCGCAUUCGAUUUGUCGUUACGAGAAGGGUCCUCUAGGGAUGGAUGCUACGCUAUUUAGCAUUGUCAUGGAUCUUCACGGGCCAAAAGCCACUGUAUACCUCGGAAGGCCUUGUCACGCUGAAGAGAUAAUAGAAUUAGAUUUCAAAUGUUAA